AGUUCCUUCUGCGCCUUCGCCUCCAAGUGAAAAGCUGCGCUCCUUUGUGUUUAACGGUCGCAUCUCAUUACGCGUCGACUCCUGUAGUCGGUGUCGAGGAAAGUCUUCUGCUUCGCUCGUUGAUGGGUGUCGUCGAUUAUUUUAGGAGAUGGGAGUUUUUGUGAGAGAAACGCUUUGGGAUUAAAGCAACGCGCCGUUUACUUUUGUCCGUGAGAUUAAAAUGAUGAUUUUGUAGAGAGAAAUAUUUCUAUAUUUAUUCAACCAAAUUUUUAUUCGGUUAACACGUCGGCUGAAAAACGGGCUCGUUAUACACGACAUUUUUAUAUUUCCAUGUGGUUUUAACUUUUUUAUUGCCGUGAUGUCGCCGCUGACAUCCAUCAUCAGUUAGAAGCCCGCAGAUCAGCUCAGUCGAGACGAACGUCGGCCGUUCACGCGGAGGUCCAACUGUCAGCCUUCACCUCCGAGUUGUACUGUUAGUUAUGAAAGCAUGGGCUUCGUCAGGCCGCGGAGGAGGCGCUGGUGCUUGUCAUCCGUCCGCACUUUGCGAGCUCCACAAUAAAAGUGUUUGGCUGCGGAGCCGGAGCGAGGCGCGUCGCCGCGGCUCUGGACAUUUUCAGGGCACAACCUCCAGCUUCUCCGGCGCAAGCGAAGCAGACGCGCCGUAACGUCAACAGUCGAUUACUCAUGCAACGAUCCGCGGCCGUGCGCGCCCCCGCGGCUCGGAGACGCGCCGAGCGUCCGAACCGAGCCUCCGAACCGCUAGACGGGCGGCUUUGCGGGAGACGAGCCUUCCAGCCUCGCGUUCAGCACCGCAGACAGAGACACAAUCCGACGUGUCCACACCCACUCCACGUCCACGUUACUGCCCCUGUCUUGCCAAACAUAGAGAGAGGUCCGCCCACGCUUGAUCACUUUUAGUGCAGGUUGACUUGCUCUCGCCCGAGAGGCAUUUGAGUGGUUAUUGGAUGUGAUAUAUGGGAAAAGUCGCUAUAAACAGCCGCUGAGCACCGGCGUGCUGUUUGCUGGAGCUCAGGUGUUUGACUUUAUGUAAUGUGGACCAUGAAGGCUUCAUUGGCCCUCCUUUAAGUCCUAUAAAAGUUAUUUAUCCACAUACACAAAAACAAAAACCCCAUCAUCUGCACAGACCUCUCCAUCAUAUUUAAAUCACGUGCUCUCUCUGCUUUUAUACUGCAGCGGUGGUCUGCUGUUAUUAUGCGUAAAUGCAUAAACAUAAAACCCAACACAAACGCAAACCUCAUGUGACAGAGGCCGCGUCGGUGUGCGAACAAACCGGCAACGGCUCAUAUUUGUUGUCUUUGUCGCGCCGCACGCGAGGAACAGCGGCGUCCGGGUAAAACGGGCUGUGGUGAGAAAGCAGCAGGGCGAGUGAGAUCAGUGGGAGGACGGACAGACAGGACGGAGCAAGGAAGCCUGCUGGCCUCCUGUCUGGACACAUCACGUGUUCAUGGGCUGAUAGCUGAAUAUAGAUAAACAGCACCCGUUGUUCUCGGCCGUCGACUCGGCCGUUUGUUUCGCUGGCGUCGUCGCAUUUGCACACGCGGAAGCAACAGACAUGCACUGAGUCGUGGAGGAGUCCGUGGCCAAUGCAUGCAACGCAUCCGAUCUAGCGGGAUUGGAGCGAGAUGCGGGGCUUUCUCCGCCUGCAGCAUGAUGUGGAUGGAUCAACCAGGUUGAGUGACAAGCCGGCUGCCCCGUCGCCACCAUGAUAGCCACCGGUGGCCUCCUGCGCAUGAACAGGCGCCAGGACUCCCUCCGCUCCAAGAACCGAGCGGAGAACAAGAAGAAGCGGAAAGCCAAGAAGAAGAAGAAGAACGACGUGGUGGUGGUGAAGGGGAAGCUCAAUCUGUUGUCCCCGGCCGGUUUCGUGGCCGCGGUGGGGGUGAUGGUCCUCAUGGUGGGGAUUUCCAUGGCUGUGCUGGGCUACUGGCCCAGCCAGGACCAGAAGCAGUACCAGGAGCGCCGCAGGACCGGAGGCUACCACAGCAACCGGGCCAGCCAGGCUAAGAGUCCCCCCGCUCCCUCCAACGGGACCCGCGGGCACAACAGUUCCUUCAGCCACGCUAACAGCAGCGCCGCCGAGCCCUCCCAUCACUGCGGCUUCCUCUGCGACUUCCUGGAUAACUACCUGUACUCGGACAAUCUGAAGGUCUUCGGACCGCUGGUGAUGGGAAUCGGCAUUUUCCUCUUCAUCUGUGCCAACGCGGUCCUCCAUGAAAACCGAGACAAGAAAACCAAAAUCAUCAACCUGAGGGACAUCUACUCCACCGUCAUCGAUCUGCACAACAUACGCUCCAAGGAGUACUCGCCCCUGAACGGCCUGGUGAACUACACGCAGGCGCGCAGCGCCGAGGGCCCGUCGGGCUCCUUCCCGGCGAGCGGGAUGCUCACCCGCAGCUCCUGGCCCUCCACUGGGCUCAGCUUCCAGGGCGAGUUAGCGGGAGAUGACGCGUUCCGGCGGCCAUCUUUAGCCAGCAGGCCUCGCAGCUGGUCCAAAGACGUCCAGACCUUCACAGACACCGUCUACAGCAUCUACAAGGACUACAGCAACAGCGGCGAGCAGGCACCGCAGCCCCAGCGGUGGGAGACCAUCUCCAUCGUCACCUCCUCUGUGAACGCGUUCACCCUCCCUGUGAUUAAGCUCAACAACUGCGAGGUGGAGGAGUCGGAACGAGCCGAGGCAGAGGGGCGCUCGGCGGAGGAGGUCGUCAUCGAGGCCGACGCAGAAAACGAGGAGAUGCGCGGCGGCGGCGUCCAAAUCGAUGAGGCCGAUGGCGAGGACGAGGCGGCAGACUGCCCGUCACCGCAUCGGAGCCACGAGGACACGUGCACGGACGCGGCCGGGCCACAGGGGGCGCCAGAGGCCCGGGCGCAGUGGAGCCAGCUGUUUCCUCCAUCCCCCGUUGCCAGGGCGAUGGGGUCGCGGCUCUCGCUCAACUCGCUCACGGAGCAGCCGCGGUCGGCGCGCCGCUGCAGCCUGUCCGCGUCGGCGUGUCGCCCCGGCGACCGAGCGCGGCGCUUCAGCUGCCCCCGUCUGGAGCGCUCCAACAGUAAGGGCUACAUCAAACUCACGGACCUGGGGGGCGAGUCAUUCGAGGCCCCCGACACGGACGCUCCGUUGGCGGCCGCCGGACAGGAAGUAGCAGCCGAUGCAGAUGCAGAUGAAGCCGCAGCAGCAGCGAGGGAGGACGCUCAGGAGGAAAACGGCCUGGUGACACCCAGCGCCUCUGCAGAGUCCUACAGUAUUUGAUGUCUCGUUUAUUACUUUGUAUCCUCUUCCCCUCCCGCUGACAUGAAACUGGCCUUUAAAGAGGAACGCGUGGAGGGAGAUCAGCUAAGGACUAUUCAAACAUAGCCAUGAACACUCAAGAGCGAGGCUCUUUAUAAAAAAACCACAUCACACACAGCUCAAUACCCAGAUGUAUUUUUUCUAUUUUUUCAAUGUAGCAAGAGCAAUACUGGAGACGUGUAAGAAGAUUUAGUACAGAUUUGUUUAAAAAAGUAAGAAAAUCUGAUGUGUUGAGUUUAUAUAACACUAGGGCCAAACAUUGUAGCUUGUAGAAAUGCCAAAACUGUCACUGAGAUCUCCUGUUCGACAUGUUCCACUGUAGCAUUACCAUAUGCCACAGAAGAGUAAAUAGUCUAGACUCGUUGUGUGAAUACUAUGUGAAUACGGUAGGUGAACUGAACUGAAUCUCAGGUAGAUGUUUGGUUUAGGACAGGGACCUUGAGGACAGGGUCUUCCCUAUGUGCACACUUGUUUAUAUGAAACAUUCAUGGGUGAAUAAACUUGGCUAUAACUCC